GACUGCAGAGGAACUCACCGGAGACAUACGUAUGAAGGAAAUUCGGGGAACUGUUUUAAAACUGCAGCUUAGCUAUCCUAAAGGAUAACUAACUCCAUCCCGUCGAAGAGGAAGCUGAAGCCCGGAGAGACGAGCUGCUUCGCACAAGGUCAAACCGCUAAUUACUCAGUGCUAGAACUCAAACCUCCAGAAGCCUAGGGCUCUUUCCUCUGCACUGCGGUGAGUGUGAAACCCCUGGGACGCGGGAGUCGAAAGAUGUCUCUGGUACUCUCUCUAGCAAUAAGACCCUAGACAUGCCGCGCGACCUAAACGCAGGGGUUAGACUGGAUGACCUCUAGAGCAUCUUUUCACCCCCAGACUCUCUUAAGAUCUUAAAGAGAGAUGUGGGCAGCAAUUGGCAGCCUGACUUCCUGCUGUCGCGCUGGGUAGGAUGUAAGGGAAACGGAAUCUUUUAAAGCCCUGCCCUCCCCAGGGUCCCUCUCCUUACCCCGGAGGACGCGGGCAUUUCUCGCCCCCCGGCCCUUCAGCGCCGUAGCAGCUACCACCGCCGCCAUGUUCGGGUCCCACCCCCCUUCACUGCGCUCCCCGUCGGGAAUUGUAGUUUGCGUAAGGGGCCUCCCCCGCGCCUUCCGUCCUGCCUACAGAGUCGAAACUACAUUUCCCAGAAGUCCGCAUAGCGGGCCCGGGAGAACUACUCCUCCCAGGAGACGCCGGAGGCGCGCACGCUCGCUUGUUUCCCUCCAGCCGGGGGCGGAGUCGUGUAGGGUGGAGCUUGGACUCUCCCGCCACGCCCCGGCCUGGUCAUCCUAGUUCUGCCUUAUGAUUGGCGUCUCUGUUAGUCCACCUCUGUUGCUAUUGGCCCGGAUGCCGUCGCUCUUUCGUCUGGGAGUCACCUACGCCUACUUCCUCCCGGGAGGAGGGGCUCGAGUUCCGCGUCGUCGCGCAGAGCUGACUCUGGGAGGCGUUUGGGCCCAGAGAAGUGGAUCGGUAGGUUUCGCCGCAUGGAGUCCGAAUCGGAGAGCGGAGCGGCCGCUGACACCCCGCCUCUGGAGACUCUGAGCUUUCACGGAGAUGAAGAGAUCAUUGAGGUGGUAGAGCUGGAUCCAGGCCCGCCGGACCCGGAUGAUCUGGCCCAGGAGAUGGAAGACGUGGACUUUGAGGAAGAGGAAGAAGAAGAAGAGGGCAAUGACGAGGGCUGGGUCCUGGAACCCCAAGAAGGGGUGGUCGGUAGCAUGGAGGGCCCCGAUGACAGUGAGGUCACCUUUGCAUUGCACUCAGCAUCUGUGUUUUGUGUGAGCCUGGACCCCAAAACCAACACCUUGGCAGUGACGGGGGGUGAAGACGACAAAGCCUUUGUGUGGAGGCUCAGCGACGGGGAGCUCCUCUUUGAGUGUGCAGGCCACAAAGACUCUGUGACAUGUGCUGGUUUCAGUCAUGAUUCCACCCUAGUGGCCACAGGGGACAUGAGUGGUCUUUUGAAAGUAUGGCAGGUAGAGACCAAGGAAGAAGUCUGGUCCUUUGAAGCAGGAGACCUGGAGUGGAUGGAGUGGCACCCUCGGGCCCCUGUUCUGUUGGCGGGCACAGCUGACGGCAACACUUGGAUGUGGAAGGUACCAAAUGGUGACUGUAAGACCUUCCAGGGCCCCAACUGCCCUGCAACCUGUGGCCGCGUCCUCCCUGAUGGAAAGAGAGCUGUGGUAGGGUAUGAAGAUGGUACCAUCAGGAUUUGGGACCUCAAGCAAGGAAACCCCAUCCAUGUACUGAAAGGGACUGAGGGUCAUCAGGGCCCUCUGACCUGUGUUGCCACCAACCAGGAUGGCAGCCUAAUCCUGACUGGUUCCGUGGACUGUCAGGCCAAGCUGGUCAGUGCCACCACUGGCAAGGUGGUGGGUGUGUUCAGACCUGAGACAGUCGCCUCCCAGCCCAGCCUGGGAGAGGGGGAGGAGAGUGAGUCCAACUCCGUGGAGUCCUUGGGCUUCUGCAGUGUCAUGCCUCUGGCCGCUGUUGGCUAUCUGGAUGGAACCUUGGCCAUCUAUGACCUGUCUACACAGACACUCCGGCACCAAUGUCAACACCAGUCGGGCAUUGUUCAGCUGCUGUGGGAGGCUGGCACUGCUGUGGUGUACACCUGUAGCCUGGACGGUGUUGUACGUCUCUGGGAUGCCCGGACUGGCCGCCUGCUUACUGACUACCGGGGCCACACUGCUGAGAUCCUGGACUUUGCCCUCAGCAAAGAUGCUUCCCUGGUGGUGACCACCUCAGGAGACCACAAAGCAAAAGUAUUUUGUGUCCAGAGACCUGACCGUUAACGGCUGCAGCCUCUGGCAUGGUGUCUGGUGUUGAGGGGGGAUAAAGGGACCCCUGCCCCCCCCAGCAGAGGUGUGGGUGCAGAGGGAAGAGGAGGGGAGAACAUUGGACUGCUUUCCAACCCCUUCAGCUGACCUGCCUACUCCUUGUCCUUUUCUUCCCUGGAGACCCACCUUGCCAGGCCUGCCCUCCCCUGUCCAGCCCUGGGGCCUUUUAGGAGGCCAUGUCUCUUUCACUUUGAUUCGCUGGUGUGAGCCAUGGGGUGCGUCUUUGUAUGUUGGGGGUAGGUCUUUGAGGUUCCCGUUCUUUCCCUUCCCAAGUCUCUGGGAAAGGAAAGGAGGAAGAGAGACUAGUUACAGAUUUUAAAAAUGUAAAUAAAAUAUACUUCCCGUUGGCA